AGGGACGAUGAGUUCUACAUGUCGGAUGGGAGCUGCAUCAUCCUCGUCGAGAACACAUUGUUUAAUGUACAUCGGACAAUCCUCUCUAAAGACUCAUCGUCGUUCGGCACUAUGUUCACACUACCACAAGGCGAUAAUAUGGCCGAGGGUAUGUCAGAUGGUAAUCCCAUCAUCCUGAGUGGUGACUCUGCUCAAGCCUUCAAGAACUUCUUGUGGGCUUUAUAUGCUCUCCCUCAUGAGCUCAUCCAUAUCCAGUCCACCUCUGGAAAUCUUCCCCGCCUCAUCGAUAUCGCUCGCAUAGCGAAUAAAUAUACGUUCAAGUCCCUUGAGACAUGGGCGCUGGACGUCAUAGUUGGCCAAGUCUCCCGCAAAACCAUCCCCCCGACUCCAUACUCCAUCCUAUUAGCAUCCUCUUCACACCCGCAGUCUCAGUCGCAGCUAACUAUCACUCAAAUCACUGAUAGCGAACAAGUCAUUACCCUUGUGCGUCUUGCGCAGCUAUGUGGCCACGAAAGACUCCUUUCGGCGAUGGUCGACUCUUUGCGCAAGAUGGUCACUAUUUCCCCGGAAAACGCUUACAUUGCUAUGACUCUUGCUGAUGAGCUCGAUUUGCGCGCGCUCCGCGGUUCGGCUUAUAUGGAGGUGAUGAAGUUCAAAUGUGUCAUUUCCAAACGCGAUUCACUCGACUCUACGGAUGUUGUCCCAGAGGGCCAAAUGGAUAGCCAGGGGCGGUUGGUCAUCUCUGCGAACCAACAGCUGCGCCUGCUGACUGGGUAUUAUCGCCUCACCCAACACUGGGAAGCGCUGCGGUCCGAGCCUCCCACCUUGGAGCACGCAGCGACGUGCGGCGCAACGUGGAAUCAGCAUAGCUGCACGCAGUCAUGGCAAGAGUUCUGGCGAGACAAAACCCGGAGUGAUGCCAUCCUGAAGCUCGAUCUCGCAGACGUACUGGGUAGACUAAAGGUCGUCCUUCAGGAAUUCGACAAAUGGGGCACGGCAACCUUUAUGCAUCACGAUUGCAGGAUGCUUGCGAGGAGAGUUAUCCACGAUAAAUUGAAGGGGGUCCAGGAUAGGUUGCCGGAAUUUUUU